AUGGCCCAGGGCACCAAGGCCCCCGCCGCAGCGAUGCCGCCCAACAGCUCCGUCCUCAACAUGCCAGCCCUGAACGCCGUCAACCGCAAGAAGCAGAAGCGGCGCGAGAAGGAAGCCGCGAAGAAGGCCGCCCAGGAUCCUUCGCCGCCCGCGACCCUGAGGAACGGUGUGUCGAGUGGUUCCACCCACUUGCCUGCCAAUGCAGCCCACACCCGCCAGCCCGCACCGCACUACGACGAUCCCGAGCUAGACGACCCACAGUACGACGACGAGGACGAUGCUGAUUUCUACUCGGACGAGGAGGCGGAGCACUAUGAGCAUGCAUACGGCACGAAUGGGCACUACCAGCAGGGCUACGCGCAUGCGCCAAUACCCAGCAGCAGCAAGAAGCCGCGCAAGAAGAAGAAAGGCGCUGCCGCGCAUCCCCCGCACGCCUACACGCAACACGUCGCACCGCGCCAUAGCCCCGCACCCAAUCACUCCAUGGUGACCUCAGGCUCGAAGAGCAUAUGGAACACUUCGACGGUGGAGGAGCGGGAGCGCAUUCGCGAGUUCUGGCUAUCUCUCGGCGAAGACGAGCGCAAGUCGCUCGUCAAAAUCGAGAAGGAGGCAGUUCUGCGCAAGAUGAAGGAGCAACAGAAGCACUCGUGCAGCUGUUCGGUGUGUGGGAGGAAGCGCACCGCUAUCGAGGAGGAGCUAGAGGUCCUCUACGAUGCAUACUAUGAAGAACUCGAGCAGUACGCGCACCUCCAGCAAGACGUUGGUCGCUUCUUGCCUGAUGCUAAUUUCGUCGCAGACGAUCUGCUGAAGAAUGACGGGAAGAAGUUCAUCGAGAUGAUGGAGCAGCUUGCCGAGCGUCGAAUGCAGAGAGAGGAGGAGGCUAACUUCCAUGCGCAUCCGAGCAUGCAUCGGUACAACAGCGCACACAACCAUGCCCCGCAGCCAGAGGAGGAAGAGUACGAUGACGAGGUCGAUGAGGAGGAAGGCUUCGAAGAUGAGGACUACGAGGAGGAUGAUGAGGAUGAAGACGAAGCCAUGACCGAAGAGCAGCGAAUGGAGGAGGGUCGACGGAUGUUCCAGAUAUUUGCAGCGCGAAUGUUUGAACAGCGCGUAUUACAAGCCUACCGAGAAAAGGUCGCCGCCGAACGGCAAAAACGGUUACUCGAAGAACUGGAGGAGGAGAACGAGAAGAAAGACCAGAAGGAGGCUAAAAAGGCAAAGGAAGCCCAGAAGCGAAAGGAGAAGAAGGAGAAGCAACGGCAGAUCAAAGCAGAAGAAAAGGCCAAGAAAGAUGCAGAGCUCGCUGCGAAAGAGGCCGAGCUCAAGGCUGCCGAGGAGAAGCGCUUGGAAGAACAGCGAAAGAAGCGAGAAGAGCAACGGAAGAAGAAAGAGGCAGAGCGCAAGGCUCAGGAAGAGGAGAAGCAGCGCAAGGAAGCUGAGCGCCAAAAGCGGCUGCAGGAAGAGCGUGACCGACAACAGGAAUUGGAGAGGAAAGCUCGCGAGCAGAAAGCGCUGGAGAAGAAGGUCAAAGAUGAUGCCAAGCGAAAGGAACGGGAUAGAGCGGGAAGCCAAGGAGAAGGAGGCUCGGGUAGAAGAAGGCCCACGACGACAGCCAGCGCAAGGAGCGUGAAAGUCGCGCCUGGUACCAGCAAGUCCAUGUCUCCUACGUCGCAAGCGCAGGGCAACAUGAUGCCAAAGUCUAUCUUGACUAAGCCGGCAAACUCGCAGCACGCGGGUCAUCAUCCGCUAGGCCAGCCGUCGUCCCCGAUGCCGCCAAUAGGGCCCCCGCCUGGUCUAUCAGGGCCACCGGGAUUGAGUAUGGGUCUGCCUCCGGGGCUGAACGGCUUUCCUGGUCCAGGUUCAAUGCUGCCGAACAUGAUGAGUCCGCGACCAGGCAUGCCCUUUUUCCCUCAGCCGCCUGUGCCUCAAGCAUUUCGUGGAUUUCCACCACCAGGCAUGGCAGGCCCUCGGGGGUUUCCCAUGGACGGACCGCCAGGUCUGGGACCAAUGCCAGGAUUUGCCGGACCUAACCAGGCACCUCCAUUUGGAAUGGGCCCACCAACACAGCACUCACGGCAAGGGUCAGGGUCGUUCGCCAGCAUGGAUGUACCCAUCUCAGCGCCAUCGGUGCAGCCAAUCCAUCGACCAGCACCUAUUCAGCGGCCUUCUAGUGUGAAGCCGCACGACAGCAACAAGCACGGUCAAGACUCUGAUGUUGAUGAGUUGGCAGAUCACCUGGGCAGCAAGGCUUUACUGGACGAAGAGGACGUCCCUGAAAUCCCUGAUCGACGGUCAAGUGUGCAACAGCAUGGUUCGAUGAGGAGCAUGCCCAUUGGCUUCGGAUUUCCAGACGCGCCCAAUUCGCACCAGUCUACUGCAUUCAAUGGCUUUGGCAGUGCGAACACUGCUAGCAUCUGGGGCACGCCACCAUCGCAGGCUUUCUCGUCUGCUGCCGGCCCAUGGGGCAAUUCACCGACAUCUGGCUUCUUCACCAAUCCUCUCACAAUGAGUUCACCGCGUGUGUCAGACCAUCGCGCUCCGAAUGAGCCACGCCUAGUCUGGCUUCGUCGCGUCAUCUGCACAGUCUGCAAAAUGCUCUCGAGCAGACACGCAGGACCAGAUGGGUUCAUUGAUGCAAAUGAGGUGCAGCAGCAGUUGGAUGCGUUCCGGGAUCCUCGUGAGCCUGUGGUAACACAGGAAGAGCUAAAGGAGGCCUGCGACAUCAUCGAUGGUACUCAUAACAACGGAGGAGGGUCGCUUGAAUACAAGAACCUUGGUGACGGACGUCUGUCGCACAUCAAGUUUGUUGACACGACAGGCCCGCCACCUGCACUUGGUGAGAUUGGUAGUCCUAUUCCCAGUCACAGCUUGCCGGUUGCUGGCUUUGGCGGCCGCUUCCCCGGUCUUGGACCCCAGGGCUUCUAG